AUGCUGGAGUUCGCCCAGGCGCCCAGCCACCUGUCAGACCUGACGCCGCGCCUGGAGCGCAUAUGCAACAAGCACUGCUCUCUGGGCGUCGAGCCAAGCCAGUACCCCCUCGUGGGCAAGUACCUCCUCAGCGCCUUCGCCUCCAUCCUCGGCAGCGCCUGGACCCCGGAGAUCGAGGGGGCCUGGGCAAAGGCCUACGGGCUGCUGUCCAACAUGUUCAUCGGCAGGGAGGCCCAGCUGUACCGCGAGUUUGGCAGCUGGAAGGGCUUCCCCUUCAUGCGCAUCGUGCGCAAGGUGACCGAGGGCGACGACGCCGUCUGCUCCUUCUACCUGGAGCGGCUGGACGGCGAGCCCCUGCCGACCUUCGUGCCGGGCCAGUACGUGUCGGUGCGCGUCGAGGUCCCGUCGAUCGGGUACCUCCAGGCGAGGCAGUACUCGCUGUCCGACGCCCCGGGCGCCAAGUACUACCGCAUCACGGUGCGGCGCAACCAGGGCCUCCUCCGGGACUCGGGGUGCCCGGUCAAGUCGCCGCCGGGCCUCGUGUCCAACGUCCUCCUCGACCGCUUCGAAGUGGGCAGCCUCGUGGGCGUCUCCCACCCGGCCGGCGGCUUUGGCUUCGACCCCAGCCCGUACAACGCCUCGCCCCUCGUCCUCGUCUCUGCCGGUUCCGGCGUCACCCCGCUCAUGUCCAUCUUCAACUCGGUUAUGAGCGGCCUGGGCGGCAGCAGACGGCCGGUCAGCUGGGUCCACUUCGACGCCGCCACCUCUGCCAAGCUCCCCUUUGAGGACGAGAUCAAGGCCGUUGCCAGCGUCAGGCACACCGUCCAGGCCAAGUUCCUCCGCGGCUGCGCCUUUGCCGAGGAGGAGGACCAGAGGGAGUGGAAGAUUCGCGCCGAGAGUCUGCGUGUGGAGCUGGGAAAACUGGAUCCUGACCUGAUGCACUUCGACAAGAGCGGGGCGGAGUAUUACCUGUGUGGUCCGACGAGGUUCGUCCGCCACGUCAGCGCCUUUCUCAGGGACACCGGCGUGAUGGAAGACAGGAUACGCACAGAAUGGUUCGCUACUGGGAGUCUGAAUAUGACCGCCUAG